UAUUCCUAGCAAUGACAUUUGUUAUUUUCACGGUGAAAAAAUUCGCGUUUUAUUUUCUCGAUUGCAGGGACAAAUUCUUGCUUCUGAAUUACUUUUUAUCGAUGAAUAAGAAUGGUGCGUACAUAAAUAUUGAUAAAGUAAAUACAUCUUUUUGGGAUCAUUAUUAAAUCAUGGAAGACGACAAUAGAAGAGAAGAAAUUAAUGAAGUAAUAGGAGGCAUGGAAGAGGAUGGAGCUACAAGGCAACAAGAAAGAGGUUCUGAUAAUCAGUACCAACAGCUAUCAAGACCCUCCUCCAGUCGCAAACGCAUGCGAGAUGAUAUACAUUCGGACAGAACAGAUUCCAGCCAACGUGACAGAAAGCCAUCCCGCACGAGAUCGAGAUCGAGAUCGAGAUCGAGAUCAAGAUCAAGAUCAAGUAAGCCUCUGCAAAGAAGGCAAUGGAGAAGCGCGAAUGCCUUUUUAAAUUUUAUGCAAGACUUUAGGCAGAAUUAUAACAAGGUGAAGAGCAGAGAUCUGUUUCGUCUUGGGGGACAAACAUGGCGGCAAAUGUCAUCCACGGAGAAGAUGCCCUACGUAGAAGCGGCCAAGUUGGCGCAGCAACAAUCGCAACAAAAUACUAAGAAUACACAGCAAAAUAAGCCUAAUAGCAGUGACUCUUCAAAGAAGACCGAAAAUCAAAGAGACCAGAAAAAGAAUGAACGAGAGGGAAGAAAAGAAAGCAGACGUUCUAGAAGCAAGAGAGACGAUUCCGACGUAGGAUCAGAUUCUGCAACGUCGGGAACAGGCGCGACUAUGACCAGUGAGGACAUUUCUGAUCUGAGUUCUUAAAUAUCAAUUUAUUAAUUGAUAUCAAGAAUGUUAA